GGAUGACAUGCCCGACGGCGGAGCCAAUCAUUUCGCGCGAACUGUUAAGCAAUUAAAGCUAAUGAAUGGCGCCAUUUGUGUCGAGUGUUUGACGCCCGACUUCAGGGCCGACAAGAGUGCCAUCGAAACAGUGGCCACAUCUGGUCUCGACGUUUACGCCCAUAACGUGGAAGCGGUUGAGGCGUAUCAGCGCUUUGUUCGCGACCCACGAGCUAAUUAUAAACAAUCCAUUGAUGUCUUAAAGUUUGCCAAACAUAUAACCAAACAAAUCACUGGAGAGUCAGUCAUAACGAAGACGUCGAUUAUGUUGGGCUUCGGAGAGACGGACGCACAGGUGAUGAAAACGAUGGACGACUUGAGGGCGGCGGGAGUCGAUUGCGUGACAUUAGGACAGUAUAUGCAACCGACCAAACGGCACAUUAAAGUGGUUGAAUACGUGACGCCCGAGAAGUUUAAGCGAUGGGAAGAAUACGGCAAUGAAUUGGGUUUCAUGUAUACGGCCAGCGGUCCACUCGUCCGCUCGAGCUAUAAGGCCGGAGAGUUCUUCAUUAAGAAUAUUCUUGAGAAACGCCGACAAUUGAAAGACAAACAAAAUACCGAACAUUUA